GCCCCCAGCUGCUGUCCCUCGCUGCACAUCUGGUUCCGGUUCCUCUCUCCUGGGGAAGUGAAAGUGGAGGGGAGGGCACCGCCCGCAGUUAGCUCGCCGUGCCCGGCCUCCUGCACCCCUUCUGCUCCCGUGGGUGCCGGAGUCGGAGCCGCCCUCCCUCCCGCUUGGGUCACGCGGCGGCCGGCGCUGCUGCCGUCACGUCCUCGGCCGCCGGCGCGCCUGCUUCUCUGCCCUCCUGCUCCUUCCUCAGCCUCCUCCCCCUCGGCGCGCCCUCUGCCCCAACCCGAACUUCCCGUCACCCGGCACGCGGGCGUGGGGACCCGGAGUGGGCCCUGUGCCCGUUGUCUUGCCUAGGGAGAAAGGGCUGCUUUCUGCAGGACUCUUCCCUGGCUUGGUGAGGGGAGGCCCCGGUGCGCAGGUCCUGCGGAUGGGUGCCACCCACUUGCCCCUCAGAAGGUCCCACCUAAUGGCCUCUGCCUGCUGCCUUGGGCAUAGGGCUCCCAUUCGCCCUCAGUGGAUGAGGUCUGUGUCUCAGAGUUAAAUCAAGAGGCUGACGCUGACUCCUGGCUUUACCUCCCAGAAGUGGAGUCUAAAUUUAGCUGGGGUUGGUGUGUGUAUGUGUGUCCGUGUGUGUGUGUGUGUGUGUGUGUGUGUCCAGAGGCCAGGUGAUGAAGAGAGCCAGCCUGGCUCUAUGAGAUUCCUUAUUCCCUGUUCUCUGGGGAACAGUGAGAGGUUAGUAGGACUGCACAUACUGGAACCAUCCUGAGCCUCCUCUGCCUUGCUCAGGAUCCUAUAGUCUGAGGUUCCAACUUGGCGUAAUGCUGUGCUGGCACCUUCAAUGGUAACCCCACCACCACCACCGACACCGCCAUCGCCACCACACACACCCAUAGGCUGACUUCCUCUGAGUUGCAGCUUCCCCUCCACUGUUUCAGGAAGUAACCUCCCUUCCCCUCUGAAGCACCCCCCACGCUUCCGGGCCCCUGCUGCGAGCUACCCACCAGGCUUUUUCCCAGCUUCUGCACCCUGGGGCGCCUCAGGACCCUUGGGGCUCCUACUCCCCGGGGUUGGGCCAUGGAGGCAGAUGCAGUGAGUGAGGGGGGGGCCAUGGCGGAGGAGCGGCCCCCCCGGCUGGUGGAUUACUUCGUGGUAGCUGGGCUUGCAGGGAACGGAGCACCCAUCCCUGAGGAAACGUGGGUUCCUGAACCCAGUGGGCCCCUGCGCCCUCCCCGGCCAGCUGAGCCCAUCACAGAUGUGGCAGUCAUCGCUAGGGCACUGGGCGAGGAAGUACCCCAGGGCUACACAUGCAUCCAGGCUUCCGCUGGGGGCCACCCCUUGGAACUCAGUGCUGGGCUUCUGGGUGGAACUCAACCUGUCAUCUGCUACCGCAGGGGCCGUGACAAGCCCCCCCUCGUUGAGCUGGGGGUGUUGUAUGAGGGGAAGGAACGUCCCAAGCCUGGCUUCCAAGUGCUUGACACGACACCCUACAGCCACUCAGCAAACCUGGCCCCUCCAGGCCCCGGGCACCCCCGCACCUACCUCACUUACCGGCGGGCAGCAGAGGGGGCAGGGCUGCAUGCCCUGGGCAUCACUGACCUCUGCCUGGUGCUGCCCAGUAAGGGUGAGGGCACUCCUCAUACUUACUGCCGGCUGCCCCGCAACCUCAACUCUGGCAUGUGGGGCCCAGCAGUGUACCUGUGCUAUAAGGUGGGCCUGGCGAAGGCCAACACGCUGGUGUACGAGGCAGAGCUGCUGGGCCGCUACCCGGAGGAGGACAAUGAGGCGUUCCCGCUGCCCGAGUCAGUGCCCGUCUUCUGCCUGCCCAUGGGGGCCACUAUCGAGUGCUGGCCUGCCCAGACCAAGUACCCCGUGCCUGUCUUCUCCACCUUUGUGCUCACGGGUGCAGCUGGUGAUAAGGUGUAUGGUGCCGCCCUGCAGUUCUACGAGGCGUUCCCAAGGGCCAGGCUGUCAGAGCGACAGGCACGGGCACUGGGCCUGCUGAGCGCUGUGGAGCGGGGUCGGGCACUGGGGGGCAGAGCUGUGCGCAGCCGGCGUGCCAUCGCUGUGCUGUCCCGCUGGCCUGCCUUCCCUGCCUUCCGCGCCUUCCUCACCUUCCUUUACCGCUACUCCGUCUCAGGCCCCCACCGCCUACCCUUGGAAGCGCACAUCUCCCACUUCAUUCACAACGUCCCCUUCCCUUCCCCACAGAGACCCCGCAUCCUAGUGCAGAUGUCUCCCUAUGACAACUUGCUCCUCUGUCAGCCUGUAUCCUCACCCCUGCCCCUCAGUGGUGCCAGCUUCCUGCAGCUGCUGCAGAGCCUGGGCCCUGAGCUGGCUAUCACACUGCUGCUGGCUGUGCUCACAGAGCACAAGCUGCUGGUCCACUCGCUGCGGCCAGACCUGCUCACUAGCGUCUGUGAGGCCCUCGUCUCGCCUCUCUCAACAGGCACCAACUCCCCAAGGCCAAUGCCCUCUCUCUCUCUCUCCUGUGCCCUCCACUGCUGCCUCAACCCCCUGCUCGCUGGUUCUCACUGCCUGGUGCUUCAGAUGAUCUUCCCACUGCACUGGCAGUGCCCCUACAUUCCUCUGUGCCCGCUGGUGCUGGCAGAUGUGCUGAGUGCCCCAGUGCCCUUCAUUGUGGGUAUCCACUCCAGCUACUUUGAUCUGCAUGACCCGCCUGCUGAUGUCAUCUGUGUCGACCUUGAUACCAACACGCUCUUCCAGACUGAGGAAAAGAAGCUCCUCUCCCCUCGGACCCUGCCCCGCAGACCCUACAAGGUUCUGCUGGCCACACUGACAAACUUGUACCAGCAGCUGGACCAGACAUACACUGGACCUGAGGAGGAGGCAUCCCUGGAGUUCCUACUGACAGACUACGAGGCAGUGUGUGGCCGCAGGGCCCGGCUGGAGCGCGAAGUCCAAGGAGCCUUCCUCCGCUUCAUGGCCUGUCUGCUCAAGGGCUACCGGGUCUUCCUGCGCCCACUCACCCAGGCCCCCUCCGAGGGAGCUCGUGAUGUUGACAACCUUUUCUUCCUGCAGGGCUUCCUCAAAUCCCGGGAACGCUCCAGCCACAAACUUUACUCUCAGCUGCUGCACACACAGAUGUUCUCACAGUUCAUUGAGGAGUGCUCUUUUGGCUCUGCUCGCCAUGCUGCCCUGGAAUUCUUUGACUCCUGUGUUGACAAGGUCCACCCAGAGCAGGAGAAGCCUGAGCCAACACCCUUAGUGGAGCUAGAGGAGCUGUCAGGAAGUGAGCUCACUGUCUUUAUCACACCUCCCGAGGAGCCUCCCAUACCAGAGGGCAGUGAAUCUAUUCCCCAGUACUGCUACGAUGGAUUCCCAGAGCUACGGGCUGAGUUGUUUGAGUCUCUUCAAGAGCAACCUGGGGCCCUGCCUGUGCCAGGCCCUUCCCGUAGCGCCCCCAGCAGUCCUGCUCCUCGCCGUACCAAACAGGAGAUGAAGGUUGCACAGCGGAUGGCACAGAAGUCAGCAGCUGUGCCUGAGCUGUGGGCCCGGUGCCUGCUGGGGCACUGCUAUGGGCUGUGGUUCCUGUGUCUGCCUGCCUAUGUGCGGUCGGCACCCUCCCGAGUGCAGGCACUGCACACAGCCUACCAUGUGCUGCGCCAGAUGGAGAGCGGCAAGGUGGUGCUCCCUGAUGAGGUGUGUUACCGGGUACUGAUGCAGCUCUGCUCACACUAUGGGCAGCCUGUGCUGUCUGUGCGGGUCAUGCUGGAGAUGCGGCAGGCAGGCAUUGUGCCCAACACCAUCACCUAUGGCUACUACAAUAAGGCUGUGUUGGAAAGCAAGUGGCCGUCUGGCACACCAGGUGGGCGUCUGCGCUGGGCCAAGCUCCGGAAUGUUGUCCUGGGGGCUGCUCAGUUCCGCCAGCCCUUGAGAGAACGGCAACAGCAGCAGCAGCAGCAGCAGCAGCAGCAGCAGCAGCAGCAGCAGCAGCAGCAGGAGCAAGUGUCAGCACAUCAAGAGGCAGGCAGCUCCCAGGCAGAGCCCUAUUUGGAGCGCCCUUCCCCUGCUCGCCCUCUUCAGCGCCAGACUACUUGGGCUGGGCGAAGUCUGAGAGACCCGGCCUCACCCCCUGGACGCCUGGUGAAGAGUGGUAGCCUGGGCAGUGCCCGAGGGGCACAGCCCACUGUGGAGGCCGGUGUGGCCCACAUGAUAGAGGCCUUGGGGAUCCUGGAACCCCGGGGAUCACCUGUGCCCUGGCACGAUGGAAGUCUCUCAGACCUGAGCCUGACAGGGGAGGAGCCGGUCCCUGGAGGCAGCCCAGGGGCCUCAGGCUCAGCCCUGAGUGCCCAGUCCACUGAGGCCCUGGAAGGGCUAAGUGGGCGGGGACCCAAGGCUGGUGGGCGACAGGAUGAGGCAGGCACCCCCCGACGAGGGCUGGGUGCCCGCCUCCAACAGCUGCUCACUCCUUCCCGCCACUCCCCCACCUCCCGCAUUCCCCCACCUGAGCUGCCUCCUGACCUGCCUCCCCCAGCCCGCCGCAGCCCCAUGGACAGUCUUCUGCACCCCCGGGAGCGCCCUGGAUCCACUGCCUCCGAGAGCUCAGCCUCUCUGGGCAGUGAGUGGGACCUCUCAGAAUCUUCUCUCAGCAACCUGAGUCUUCGCCGUUCCUCAGAGCGCCUCAGUGACACCCCUGGAUCCUUCCAGUCACCUUCCCUGGAAAUUCUGCUGUCCAGCUGCUCCCUGUGCCGUGCCUGUGAUUCGCUGGUGUACGAUGAGGAAAUCAUGGCUGGCUGGGCACCUGAUGACUCUAACCUCAACACAACCUGCCCCUUCUGCGCCUGCCCCUUUGUGCCCCUGCUCAGUGUCCAGACCCUUGAUUCCCGGCCCAGUGUCCCGAGCCCCAAGUCUGCUGGUGCCAGUGGCAGCAAAGAUGCUCCUGUCCCUGGGGGUCCUGGCCCUGUGCUCAGUGACCGCAGGCUCUGCCUUGCUCUGGAUGAGCCCCAGCUCUGCAACGGGCACAUGGGGGGAGCCUCCCGGCGGGUUGAAAGUGGGGCAUGGGCAUACCUGAGCCCCCUGGUGCUGCGUAAGGAGCUGGAGUCGCUGGUAGAGAACGAGGGCAGUGAGGUGCUGGCGUUGCCUGAACUGCCCUCUGCCCACCCCAUCAUCUUCUGGAACCUUUUGUGGUAUUUCCAACGGCUACGCCUGCCCAGUAUUCUACCAGGCCUGGUGCUGGCCUCCUGUGAUGGGCCUUCGCACCCCCAGGCCCCAUCUCCUUGGCUAACCCCUGAUCCAGCCUCUGUUCAGGUACGGCUGCUGUGGGAUGUACUGACCCCUGACCCCAAUAGCUGCCCACCUCUCUAUGUGCUCUGGAGGGUCCACAGCCAGAUCCCCCAGCGGGUGGUAUGGCCAGGCCCAGUACCUGCAUCCCUUAGUUUGGCACUGUUGGAGUCGGUGCUGCGCCAUGUUGGACUCAAUGAAGUGCACAAGGCUGUGGGGCUCCUGCUGGAAACUCUAGGGCCCCCACCCACUGGCCUGCACCUGCAGAGGGGAAUCUACCGUGAGAUCUUAUUCCUGACAAUGGCUGCUCUGGGCAAGGACCACGUGGAUAUAGUGGCCUUCGAUAAGAAGUACAAGUCUGCCUUUAACAAGCUGGCCAGCAGCAUGGGCAAGGAGGAGCUGAGGCAGCGGCGGGCACAGAUGCCCACUCCCAAGGCCAUUGACUGCCGAAAAUGUUUUGGAGCACCUCCGGAAUGCUAGAGACCCUUAAGCUUCCCUCUCCAGCCUGGGGUGGGGAAGUGAGGGAGAAGGGAUUCUAGAGUUAAGCUGCUUCCCUGUUCCCUUCAUGGAGUUGGGAACAGGCUGGGAAGGAUGCCCAGUCAAAGGCUCCAGGCGAGGACAGCAGGAAGAGGGAUCCACUGUUACCAAAAGUCCUGAUUCCCCCAUCACCAACCUACCCAGUUUGUUUGUGCUGAUGUUGGGGGAGAUCUGUGGGGAGUAGGUACAGCUCUGUUCUUCCUUUGUCCUAUACCAGGAACUCCCCUCCAGGGUACCCACAGAUCUGCAUUGCCCUGGUCAUUUUAGAAGUUUUUGUUUUAAAGAACAACUGGAAAGAUGCAGAGCUACUGAGCCUUUGCCCUGAAUGGGAGGUAGGGAUGUCAUUCUCCACCAGUAAUGGUCUCUCUUCCCUGAUGUUGCUGAAGGAGCCCAAGGCUCUCCAUGUCUUUCUACCUAAGUGUUUGUAUUUUAUUUUAAGUUAUUUAUUCUGGAGCCACAGCCCCCUUGCUUAUGAGGUUCUUAUGGAGAGUGAGAAAGAGAAGGGAAAUAAGGGCACCAUGGUCCGGUGGUUUGUAGUUCCUUCAAAGUCAGGCACUGGGAGCUAAAGGAGUCUCAAGCUCCCCUAAGGAAGAACUGGCGCCCCCUCAGUCCUAAUUUUUCUUGCCCGCCCCAUCUUGGGGAAUGCCUCACCCACCCAGGUCCUGACCUGUGCAAUAAGGAUUGUUCCCUGCGAAGUUUUGUUGGAUGUAAAUAUAGUAAAAGCUGCUUCUCUCUUUUUC